AGGAGUUAAUUUUAUAUCCCACUCGUAAUCAAAUAGGACUGUCGGGGAAAGAUUAUAUCUGCUCAGGCUGGACUGAAUAAAUACAUUUGCGCUCCGGAGGUCACACAUUGAGAGAACAAAUCUCACAAGAAUUGGAAAUAAGAGCAAUAGGUUUGGAUAUGUGGUUGCCUUUGCUGUUGUUUGCUUCAGUAGUCACUCAGGGUGCUACAUCUAGAGUUCGAGAAUGGGCUCAUCAUGGAUCCUCCAUGUUUGCUGAUCUCUCCCCUCAUGAAAUGAUAGCUGUGAGAACCUAUCUCCAUUCCUGCAGUGAGCUGGGCCUUACUUCAACACAAAGCAAGUCCCUCAAAAAGAACAGCAUCCUUCUUAUAGAGCUACAUGUUCCUCGAAAGCAUGAGGCCCUCCGGGCACUGGAUAGGGGACAAGCAAAACCACUACGUCAGGCUCGUGUGGUGGUACAAUUUGCCAACCAGGCUCAGCCUAAUAUAACUGAAUACAUUGUUGGUCCUUUGCCUUUCCCAAAUUCUCAUCGGGUCAAGACCUUCAAAGGUGGCCGACCCAUCAACUUUGAGUCCCGACCAAUCACAUCUGUAGAAUAUGAGCAUGUAAAUGCCAUCUUAAACAAAGUCGCAAAGAAAGUGAACAAAAUUCUGUUUGAGAGCACAGGGUUUACAUUUGGAAACUACACCGAUCGAUGCCUAACCUUCACAGACAUAGCUCCACGCGGACUGGAAUCAGGAGAGAGACGAACAUGGAUCAUGCUACAGAAAUUUGUAGAGGGGUACUUCCUUCAUCCUGUGGGUUUUGAGAUUCUUAUCAACCACAAAGACUUGGAUCCAGAGAAAUGGACUGUGGAAAAAGUAUGGUACAAUGAACAAUACUUUGACAGUGUAGAGGAGCUGGUGGAGAAGUAUGAGAUGGGAAUGAUCUCUAAAAUCAAGCUGCCUGAGCAUGAUGAAAAUGAUCUGUUUUCCACCUACAUUCCUCGAGGUCAUAGCAAUACAAACACAAAUAUCUAUGGGCCAAAGCUCGUGGAGCCUCAAGGCACCAGAUACCGGGUAGAUCAAAACUUUGUGGAGUAUGCUGGAUGGUCUUUUGCUUACCGUGUCCGCUCAUCCGCUAGUCUUCAGAUCUUUGACUUGCGCUUCAAUGGUGAGAGAGUUGCCUAUGAGGUCAGCGUGCAAGAAGCCAUUGCCUUAUACGCUGGAGACACACCAGCUGCAAUGCAAACAAAAUUCAUUGAUUCUGGCUGGGCCAUGGGAACCUCUGAUUUUGAGCUUGCACCAGGUAUUGACUGUCCUGAAAUUGCCACUUUUGUGGACUUGUACCAUUUUUAUGAUACAGACAAACCUGUGAGGUAUAAGAAUGCACUAUGUAUUUUUGAGAUGACAACAGGCCUGCCUCUUCGGAGGCACUUCAAUAAUGACUUCCAAGGAGGCUACAAUUUCUUUGGGGGUCUUGAAAACCAUGUUCUCGUGUUAAGAACCACAUCCACUGUUUACAACUACGACUACAUCUGGGACUUUCUGUUCUAUCAGAAUGGAGUAAUGGAGUCUCGAGUUAGUGCCACAGGCUACAUUCAUGCUACAUACUUCACAGAAAAUGGCUUGAAUUACGGAACCAAGGUUUACAACUAUGUUCUUGGAAAUAUACACACACAUCUUGUUCAUUACAAAGUGGAUCUGGAUAUUGCAGGACGUGACAACAGCUUUGAGUCCAUAGAUCUGCAAUAUGUCAACUUCACCAACCCCUGGAGUUCCCAACACACAAUCAAACAAUCCAUCCUCUCCAGGACACAACAUGAAACCGAACGCAGUGCUGCCUUCCGCUUUGGGAAAAAGUUUCCUCGCUAUUUACACUUCUACAACCCAAACCAGAAGAACAAGUGGGGGCAUCAGAGGGGUUAUCGUAUUCAGUUUAACUCCCAUGCCCACAGUGUAUUGCCCCAGGGCUGGAAAGAGGAGAAUGGUAUUCCAUGGUCAAGAUAUCCUUUGGCUGUAACUAGACAUAAGGACAGUGAGCUCACUAGCAGUUGCCUCUAUACCCAGAAUGACCCAUGGCAACCUGUCGUUUCAUUUGAGGACUAUAUCCGCAACAAUGAAACCAUUGUGAAUAAGGAUUUGGUUGCCUGGGUUACUGUGGGUUUCUUACACAUUCCUCAUUCUGAAGACAUUCCCAACACAGCAACUCCAGGAAACUCUGUAGGCUUCUUCCUUCGACCGUUCAACUUUUUCAACGAGGACCCCUCGCUAUCCUCCCUCAACACAAUCAUUGUGCGACCAGAUAAAGAGGGUAAACCAAAAGUGCAGAGAUGGACUCCAGAGACUGUAGGUCACUGUGUCUCAGACAAGCCUUUCCUCUACAAUGGUACAUAUCAUGGAGUCUAGAAUGGUGGUGUAUGAAAGAUUCUAGAAGUGUUAUUCAUAAAGCUUAAGCUAAAUUACAUGAGGGACUGUACACCAUUUUCCAACAUGCAUGCAAAUAUCCAACACGCUUAAAUAUACAAACUUCUAAACUAUAUACGUAAAUAUAUGGAUACAGGUUUGACAAAAUCUUAAUCUCACGAACUAUAAAUGUGUGUACUGCAAACAUGUUUUUGUUUUGAGAAUUGCUUAUAUUAAACUAUAUACAGAUGA